UGUGACCAAUUAUGCAAUAUUACUCCAAUAUUCUCUUUUAACCACUAAAAUUCCGAAAAAUCCUUAUUUCCCCCAUCAACUUAAAUUUGAUCCGGCACCCGAAGAUUCAAACUCUUGACUGAUGUAAACCCGCCGUCCACCACCAGAUUCUGUCCGCUGAUGUACUUGGCGUCGUCGGAGGCCAGAAAAACAGCGGCGUUAGCGACGUCGCCGGGCUCACAACGAGCCCCCUCCAGCGCCCCGGACUCGUGCAGCAUUCCGGCGAGGACCCCGUCGUCGGCGCCCGGAAAGUACUCCUUCAUUUCCGGGAGGGAGAAGGCCGUCGGAAGGGCAAAAGGGGAAAUGCAAUUGAUCCUAACCCCGUGCUUGCAUAGCUCGGCCGUGGCGGAUCUCACGAUUCCGAUCACCACGGACUUGGAGAUGCUGUAGGUGUGCUGGGCCAACCUCCAUCACACCCGUCACGCUCCCGGUGCAGAGUAUGCACCCGGAGCGGCGGGGGAUAAUGACGCGGGCGGCGUGCUUGAUCCCCGCCACCACGCCACGGGCGUUGACCGACAUGACUCGGUCAAAGUCCGCCAUGUCGAGGUCAACCACGCUGAGUGGGGUCCGGCACGGCAUGCCGACGUUGUUGUACAUGAUGUCGAGGCGGCCGUGGAGGGACACCGCCAGGUCCACGGCGGCGGAGAUGUGCGACUCGUCGGAGACGUCGCAGGCCACGAAGGCGGCGUUUCCGUCGAGCUCGGCGGCGGUGUCUUUCCCCGCUUGCUCUUGGAUGUCGGCGAUCACCACUUUGGAACCGUGGGUGAUGAACUUUGCGGUGGUUUCUUUCCCAAUGCCACUGGCUGCCCCCGUGAUCAGCGCCACCUUCCCUUCCAGCUUCCUUUGCGUUGCCGGGAUCGAGAGUUUCCGAUCGAAUGCCCGAACAAGAAAUGACCUUGGGACGGCCGAGACGUCUCUCUGAAUGAUGAGCUUGAGCAAGUUUUUUAUUGCUCAGGAAAACUCUCUCUUUGGGAGAAGUACCUAAAUAGGAGUAAAGGAUGAUGAAACUACCAUCAUGUCCCUAAGAGAUUAGUUAUGCUAAAGUACCCUCAAAUCAACUAGGACAAGUGUCUUAUAAACCAUGUCCUAUAUCCUCUAUACCAUUACACAUUUUGGCAACAAAUCUCCUUCCUAAACCCAUCAUGCCCCUGGAAAAUGGCUUCAUUGUUUUGGGGAGGCAAGGGAAAAUAUCAUUGGGCAUCUUGGAAUUAAAAAAGGCUUGGUGUUGGACCUAUCAAAACAACUCAUUUCUCUAGGCAAAUUUCAUGAGGGCUAGAAAGGUUAGAUACCCUAAACAUGGAGAUAUAGACAUGCUUCUCUUCAACAUAUAUUUUUAUUACUCAUUAAGUAUUGGAAUCAGAAACAGCUUUAAAUAUAACUAGAAUCAUAUCAGAUAAUCAGACCAGAUCAGACAACACGAGAACAAGCUCAUAGUACCCCAAAAGUAGCUUUCUUCCAAUGGAGAAGACUCUGUCCGCCUUCCCUUUCCAGAGAAACUGGCCAUGCUUUUGGCAAUAAUACCCCUAAACCCCAUGAAUUUCAACUUCUUAGGAGGACACUGUUAAGCAAAUGUUCAUACGAAUCCAACUACACAAGAGACGGAUUUGGGGCUAAUUUGAGAGAAAUUUCAGAGAAAUUGAUCUAGAAGGAUAAGUCAAGAAGAAACACACAGAAAAAGCUACCUGGAAUGAUCCUCUUCACGAUCUGGUGUGAACAGAGACCUUAGCUUAGCUUGCAGAAGAUGGCGUCGGCAGCGAGAGUGAGUG